AUGAAGGAGGCUGCAGAAUCCUUAGCCGAAGCUGCACUCUUGCGAGCUCAACGUCAUGCAAGGGAGGCUGUACUGCGAUCGUCCUUUUCGCUGCAGUCGGAUACCUUUGAGCUUAUGUUUGACAGGCCAAGCAAUCAGCAUGUUCUGCUGCAGGCCAAGCAAUCAGCCGCACUGGCAAGAUACGCCUAUGAGAAACUGACGAAGAGCCGAGACAUGGCCGCGGAAGCAGCCGGACAGGCUGCCUUGGAGGACGUUAUCAUAGAUGCUCGAAAAGAUGCAGCUGAAGCAGUGAAAAUCAGAGAAGGCUGGGAAGAUCAGGCGCGUGCACUUGCUGCCCACAAGGCAGUUGUCGCUGCUUCAGUCUACAAAAAGGCAAAAUUGCGAGAUUUGAAGGUGGCAGAGGCUUGGGAGAAGCAGGCGACUGACCUCGCGCAAACAAGUCGGCAGUACGAGGAGUAUGCUGUGCAGCAGGAGAUGAAGGAGAAGAAGAUAAAAGCGGAGGUGCGAAAGGGAGACACUUCACGACGUUCUGAACUCCAAGAAGUUGAGGUGGAGGUGAACGAAGGUGUUGACGCUGCACACCGAUAUGAGGAAGAGGCCUACUCUUUGAGUAUUCAUAGCGAGUCUUGGUACGGCAUCGGGGUUGGCUCGGUUGCUUCAACUCUGAGGCACCGCGAAGCCACUGCGGCCCUGCGCCAACGCCUAGCAGAGGAGGCCCUCGAUGACGUGUGGCUCUUGCGAUACGUUUUGAGCUUCCGGGAUGAUCUGCCUGGAGCGGCUCAAGCAGCUAGAGCAGCCCUUUCUUGGCGACGGGAGAAUUCUGGCAUUGUGGAAGCUGCCAAAUUACGUCAAGCACCCAGCGAUCUCUCCCAGGAGGAAGUGGACGCGAUCAACCAAUGCUUUGUUGCUGCCUACCACUGCUGCACCCGAUUCGGGGAUCCCGUCUUCAUUUCCCGGCUUUGUGCCUACAAUGUGAACCGGCUGAUGGAGAUUGUCUCUGAGGCCAAGUUGGAGCUUUGGUUCAACUUUGUCAAUGAGUGUGCUUGGCAGUACUGUGAGGCAGAGUCGCAUCGUCGAAGAUACUUUGUCAUGCAGAUCAACAUUCAGGAUGUGCAUGGUGUUAAGAUGAUGCAAAACCGAGCCUUCUUGCGAGCUUUGGGCAACAGCUCGAAGGUCAACGACUGGCUGAGGCCGCAGCUCUUUGGCAAGACGUAUGUGGUGAAUCCGCCUCGCUGGCUUUCCAUGGCCUCUCGCCUGGCUGGUGGCCUCAUGAGCAAAAAGUCCUUGGAGAAGGUUUGGGUGCAUCCUUCCAAAGUGAGUGAAGGAAGAAGGCUUUGCCCAUUUGCGCAGCAGCUAUUUGAAGAUGCUUCGGUGCUACCCAAGUUCUUGGGUGGCUCUAGAGAUGCAGAUGAAGCUUUUCCAUCGGAGCCCCGCAGCGCGGCACGGCAUGCUGGAGAACUGCCAAUUCUGGCUGGCUUACCAAGGCCGCAGGCAUCCUACGUCAUCUCUUUCAGUCCACACUGGCGAUCUGAUUUGGAUGCUUUUAUGGAGGGGAAGACGGAGGACUACGUGAUUGUAGACAGGGAUGGCCAUGACAUUCUGCUUGACCAGCUGGAGAGCCCUUCCAGUGAUCGAUUUCCCUUGGAGAUCAGACUCCAGGACAGAGGUGUGCUUGGCACCUGUGAUUCGGCGUUUGCUUCCGCUAUUUGUGAAUCUGCAAGAUCUUUGGAAGGCUCCAAACAGGGAUCACAUUUGGCCAUGUCGAUGUGUUCGGCAGUUACAGCCUUGGAGUUCCCUGUGCAGGAGGUGCGGCAGUCAUUCUGUAGAAGAGUUUGCUUCUGCUUCUUUGGCCGAAGAUCCGAGGCGUCUCUGCUCGCGUAG